AUGACAUCUACCAAUCACCCUAGACCAAAUGAGUCCUUCCGCUUCCUCGACCUUCCAGGCGAGCUACGAAAUCUCAUCUACCGCAUGGCUCUCGUUACUGAUACUCCAACCAUCAUCACUUCCUCAGGAUACUCUCGCCCCGCCCUCAUCUCAGUCAACAAAGAAAUCCGCGAAGAAACAGCUGGGAUCUUCUAUUUCGAAAAUCGGUAUCUUGUCGAUACCCCUCGCUUCAGCGUUUCAAUUCUGCGUCGCUUCGUCCGCAUUCUCAUAACUUUCUACAAGCAAGGCUGGAAGAUCAAAGCCAAAGUAAAUGCAUUUACAUCUGAUCGUACACCACACUGGUCCAAUUUGAUGGAAUGGAUGCGUCAAAUUCACUUGAAGCAGGUUCCGAAUUCGAUUCCGACCCCAGAUUGGUUGUGGCAGCACGGGUUUGGGCGCUUUGGACAUCAGGAAGUGAACGUUCUUUCAGUCAUGUUCAAGACGGCGCACGAUAUGGAGGGUGUGGAGUGGGAGAUGGUGAAGAAGGUUCUUGGGAAUUCGAGGAUGCUGCUGGGAAUGGCUGAUGCGAGGUGGAUGCAAGAUGGACCUUGA